AUGGCUGACGAUGGGAUGCUCCUGAACUUUGAGCUGGGGUCUGGACCCAUUAAGCCUCAAGUCAAGUUCAAGGGUGGUCGCUGGCGUGAUAGGAAACAGGCCGAAAAGUCGGCGAGGUUGGGCUCAAAGCCGAAGCCUACAGAAGAUGGAUUUGAUGAGCAAAGAUCGACGAAACGCCAGAGAACGGAUCAUGGAGGAUAUGGUCAUUCAGACUACAGAGCAGACCCUAGGAGCUUUUCACGACCAAAGCCUGCAGACACCGACGCCCAAGGAUCUUCCGCCUCAGGCCAACCUCGAAACCCUCAUGCGGACAAGGGAAGACAGGUCAUCUCACGGCUUUUCUCUUACAACCCAGCCCAAAAGACAGACCUGGAGGAAAAGCAAUCAGAAUGGACUGCCCCGGAGCCGACCAAUGCUCCUCUCUCAGAUGUUGCCAGCUUUGGCACCUUGACAUUAUCGGCCCGCCUUGUCGAUGAGCUGGCGAAGAUGAACUUGGAGCGUCCCACAGCCAUCCAAAAGAAGGUCAUUCCUCACAUGUUGGAAAACAGCUCAGAUGCGUUCGUGCAAGCUGAGACAGGUUCCGGAAAGACCUUUUCUUACCUCUUGCCGAUCUUGCAUCGCGUUCUGCUCCUCAGUGAGAAGGGCAAGGCUCAGAUUCACCGCGACUCUGGAGUCUUUGCCAUCAUCGUGUCACCUACUCGCGAACUCGCCAAGCAAACUCACACCGUACUGGAACAACUUAUUCGGCCGUUCCCCUGGCUCGUCUCGACAGCAAUCACCGGAGGAGAGUCGAAGAAGGCUGAGAAGGCGCGCAUAAGAAAGGGCGUUAACUUUUUGGUCGCAACACCUGGACGACUUGCCGACCACAUUGACAACACCAAGGCUCUCGAUCUCGGUACUGUUCGAUGGUUGAUUCUGGAUGAAGGAGAUCGUCUGAUGGACUUGGGUUUCGAAGAUGACUUGAAGAAGACUAUUGCAGCCCUCCGCAAGGUUGAUGUCUCGGACAAGCUCGCCAAUGGGACACCACUCAAGUCUCUUCCUGACCGGAGAGUCACUGUACUCUGCUCGGCUACUAUGAAGAUGAACGUGCAGAAGCUUGGAGAGAUGAGUUUGGCAGACGCGACGUUCCUGGCAGCCAAGAAGGAGGAGGGCGAGGUGGAUAUGGACAAAACGGCCAUGACGGCGCCGGCACAGCUUCACCAGUACUACUCGAUUGUUCCCGCCAAGCUUCGUCUCGUCACCUUGAUAUCUUACCUCAAGUCCACCUUUUCCCGGCGAGGAAAGACUAUGAAGGCAAUCAUCUUUAUCUCUUGCGCAGACUCGGUCGACUUUCACUACGAGAUGUUGCGGGAUCCUAACAAUGCCGAGGCGCCUGUGGCAUCUUCGAAAGAGGCGGAGUCGAUCUCCAAGACGGUGGCCAAGGCAGCGUAUAUCACGUCACCCGCAAGCCCCGAGGUCGUUCUGCACCGAAUGCACGGAUCUUUGUCGCAACCGGUGCGAACAGCUACUCUACGGUCGUUCUCGGCCUGCAAGUCGCCCUCUCUCCUGAUCACCACCGAUGUGUCCUCGCGAGGUCUCGAUAUUCCAUCUGUUGAUCUGGUUAUCGAAUAUGAUCCUGCUUUCAGCUUUGCGGAUCAUAUCCACCGUGUUGGUCGAACUGCUCGAGCUGGAAGGCCCGGUGAUGCCCUCCUUUUCCUUCUCCCCGGAACAGAGGAGGGUUAUAUCGAGCUUCUCAAGUCAUCAACGCCCCCUACGCCCCAGUCUUAUGACACAAUCUUGCAGAAGGGAAUGAUGACCAAGCUCGAGUUCCCCGUCGAAACAUCUGCCAAGCCUGACGACGGUACUUCCUACCACGACAAGGCCGAGAGUCUCCAGCUACACAUCGAGCAGCGCCUCCUCGAAGACACGAAGCGACUCGAACUCGCCCGAAACGGCUUCAAGUCCCACAUCAGGGCGUAUGCCACCCACACUAAGGAGGAGAGGAAGCACUUUGACAUUUCGGAGCUACACCUGGGACACACGGCCAAGAGCUACGGACUGAGAGAGGCGCCGGGUGGUAUCGGCGCCGGCGUGGAGAGGAAGACGAAGAAGCGCAACAACAGGGGCGUCGAGAAGGAUCAGGAUCAGCAGGGUGGUGACGAGUGGCAGAACCAGAACCUCAUCAAGAAGAAGAGCAUGAUGUUGAUGAAUUCCGCUGCUGACGAGUUUAAUAUUGGUUAA